CGGUUUCCAUCUCACCCCACCCCACCUCAACUCAACCAACAUCUCCAUCCACCAAUAGCACUUUCCAACAUCCUCACACCCUCAUCCAAGAACUCACAAGAAUUCUCAAACCUACAAUAUCAAUAUGGCAUCCGCAACAAUGAAGGCUAUUGUCAAGUCUGUCUUGUCGGGCGAUACUCUCAUUCUCAGAGGACGUCCAAUUAAUGGCCAACCGCCCAAAGAGCGCACUUUACAUCUGGCUGGUCUCACUGCUCCACGUACGGGUUCACGGGACCGCCCAGAUGAGCCCUGGGCAUUUGAAAGCAGAGAAUUCAUCAGAUCAUUGGUUGUCGGCAAAGAAAUCGGAUUCACCAUUUCUUACACCAUUCCUUCGGGCGGUGAAUUCGGUGUGGCACAUUUGGUCUCUGGGUCCAAUCCACCCGUCGACGUGGCGCUGGAGAUGGUCAAGAACGGCUGGGCUAAGCUCAGAGAGAACACCAAACCGGGUAACGCUGAUGAUGAAAAUGAUGGCGAAAGUUCAGAACAAGAUCGUCGAAAUCAACUAAAGGAAGCCGAGGAGACUGCUCGACGUGAGGGCAGAGGUGUGUGGGCAGAAGAUACCCCAAAUCUCGAAAUCAAUUACUCAAUGCCCGAAGACCCAGCAGCUUUUUUGUCGGAGUACAAGGGGAAAACUCUCGAUGCCGUUAUUGAAAAUGUUUCAAAUGGCACAACUGUCCGUGCAAGAUUACUGCUGAGCCCCAAUCAGCACCAGUUUGUUACGGUCACUAUGGCUGGUGUUCGCUCGCCUCGGUCCCGACAAUACUCCCCUCAAAACCAAGCUGAUAGUUCCACUUCAGCAAAUGAAGGCGAACCAUUUGGUGACGAAGCCAAAUUCUUUACGGAAUGUCGGUUGCUUCAGCGCAGCGUGUCUGUCGUCUUGAUAUCUUUACCCACACCCCAAGCCACCAGUUUGACAUCUCAAGCUCAAGCUCAGCAGUCACUAGUCGUCAGCAGCUUUAUUGGAAUUGUUCAGCACCCAGCUGGAUCGAUUUCUGCUCUUCUACUCGCCAACGGUCUUGCGCGUGUUGUGGAUUGGCAUGCAGGAUUCCUUUCGUCCGUUCCCGAGCACCAGGGUGGUGGGAUGGAACGGUUAAGAAAAGCAGAAGCUGAAGGCAAGGCAGCGCGACGAGGCCAUUGGAAAUCGGUCGCAGCUCCCGCAAGUGACCCGUCAGCAGCCAAUGGAUCUACUGGUGCCAGCGCACCCGGCAAGAUGAAAUUCGAUGGAAUUGUUUCGAGGGUAUGGACUGGAGAUACUGUUAGUAUUCGAGUGAACUCGGCCAGCAAAUCAGACGGGCAGGAGGAGCGAAAAGUGCAAUUAAGUAGCAUAAGACAGCCACGGCCUACCGAUCCUAAGUUUGGCGGACUUGCGUCAGAUGCCCGAGAACUUCUACGACGUCGACUCAUUGGUAAACAAGUCCAUGUCUCAAUAGAUUAUGUCAGGCCCAAGGAAGGUGAUUAUGAGGCGAAAGAAUGUGUUACCAUUAAGCUACCCACUGGAAUAAAUGUCGCCAACUUACUGCUCGAGCGAGGAUAUGCGACAGUGCUGAGGCAUAGACAGGGAGAAGAUCGAUCUCAAGAUUACGACAUGCUCAUGGCUACUGAAAUGAAAGCUCAAACGGAAGGGAAAGGCUUACACUCAGACAAAGAAUUCCCACCUCCAAAGAUUACUGAUGUCUCUGAAAGCUCUAGCCGGGCCAACUCAUACCUGUCGGGGUGGAAACGGCAAGGCAAAAUCCCUGCAGUUGUUGAUUACGUCGCCAGUGGAUCGAGAUUCAAGAUUUGGCUCCCCAAACAAGAUUUAAAGUUCACACUAGUUCUCAGCGGUAUCAAGUGUCCCAAGACGGCUCGCCAUCCCGGAGAAAGAAAUGAGCCCUUUGGACUUGAAGCCCUUGAUUUUUCAAACAGAUAUGCGAUGCAAAGGGACGUGGAAGUCGAGAUCGAGUCGACCGAUAAAAGUGGAGGCUUUAUCGGAGGACUAUUCUUGAACAAGACGGAUAAUCUUGCCCUCUUGCUAGUCAAGGAGGGUCUGGCCAGCUGUAAUGAAUUCUCGCUUGAGCGCUCCCCAUACGGCAAAGACCUGAAAUCGGCUGAAGACGAUGCCAAACAAAAUCAUAAGAAUCUUUGGAAAGAUUUCGAUGAACAACCUUCUGAGUCUAUGGCGCACAUUUCAAGCGGGAUGAAGAACAUAGCUAUCAAGCCAAAUUUUGAAUAUAUCGACCUGAUAAUAUCUGAUAUUCGGGAACCAGUAGAUAGCUCGGACGUGUCUUUUUCUGUGCAGAUCUUGAAGAAUGGAGGUAUUCCUGAGUUAACAUCUUUAAUGGCAGAUUUCGCUGUCUAUCACCGCUCGGCCCCCAUUUCCUCUACUCCCGCAGGCGCAUACAAAGCCGGAGAUCUAGUAUCUGCGAAGUUCUCCGUCGACAACGCAUGGUAUCGGGCAAAAAUUAGAAAGAAUCUUCCUCACAAGAAAGAAGCCGAAGUAGUUUUUAUCGAUUAUGGUAAUUCGGAAGUGGUAUCGCAUGGGAACAUCCGAUCAUUGGACCCCCGUUUCAAGUCGCUACCGCCCCAAGCAAAAGAGGCUACCCUCAGUUUUGUGAAAUUGCUAGGGCCUGAUACGGAGUAUGGUUCAGAAGCAUUGGAUCACUUCAGAUCACUUGUCGAGGGUCAGACAUUGGUAGCGAACAUCGACUACCGCGAUCCGAGCCAAAAUGGUCGACUCCACCUCUCCUUGUAUGAUACAGCCGACUCACCAACAUCUACAUCCUCCCUGAAUCACCGACUCGUGCGCGAAGGCUUUGCUUUGAUUAACCUGAAGGCGCCCUAUAGGUCCGCCUAUCAGGAGCAGUAUUCAGCGUUAGAAAACGCCAAGCAAGAAGCCAAACGUAACAGGGCAGGUGCUUAUGAGUUUGGUGAUGCGUUUGACGAUUGAGCUUGUAGAUAAAGCUCUGACAAAACAUCCAGUUGUCGAAUGUACUUUUCUCGCCUUCCAUACAUGUUCAAUACCAGAUGAAAAACGCAAACCACCGAUGAGAUAAUCAAUAUGUAUAGGAGUGGAUGGGUACUCGUUCUAUUUUCACACAAACCAUUGUUACCUCUUCAUUUAUUUUUAAAUAGCAAAAUGCAAGCUUCUUGAGUAACUUACGUACCUUACCAAUAGAGUGAUAAGACUAGUGUUUGAGAAUACAAAGAAGAUUCUACUGCAUUCAUCAUCGUUGGUAGCCCUGGAAUUUACCUGUUCAUG